AUGGCGCCAUUUGAGAGCGUCGUCGAUAGCACCGGAAAUCUCGGGGUCGGGAGCACCAGGCUGCACCAGACUCGUCGAGCGCCGAGCUCCAGCCAAACCCCACGCCUCCCUGCAAAACGGGCUGCCCCGCGCCCGCCGUCGCCGCGUUCCCACCAGGAGAGCCAUAUGGCCAUGGACUCGACGCUAAAACUCGACCCCUCCUGCGUCUUCUUCAAUGACUCCGUGCUUAGUUAUACCAGCAUGGGCCCGCCCACGCUGAGCACGGACCUGGGCAGCCCGUCGCACCUCUUCGUGGAGCGCCCGAGCACGGCGCCCGCGCAAAUCUCGCCGGGCUGCGGCGAGGUCCACGAGGAUCCCCACAAGCGCCGGUUCCCCGGCCCGGGCUACUACGAGCUGCCGAGCCCGGACUGCGUCUCGCAGUUCCCGCACCGGCCGGCGAGCCCGCACUACUCGCUCGCGUCGCCGCGGAGCCGGCGCGCGCCGCCCGUCGGGCGCCGGCCGAAGGGUCGGCCGCUGCCCCCGCGGCGCUUCCCGGACUCGCCCGGCCCCGCCUCGAUCCCGCGCUCCCAGCUCUCGUCCGGCCGCACGUCGACGGACCCCGGGCCCAGGACGUUCCGCUCGCCGCGGCGGGCGCGCCCGGACGUCUUCUCGGCCGACAACCCGCGCUGGAAGCUCGGGAAGCCGCACGCUUACUUUGGCCGCGACACGUUGACGGCUGUGUGGAAAUCAACCUGUGUGUCGGGUGCACCCGACAAUUCUUCACUAAGUCAUUUCUCGGCGAUGACGCGGCCGACCUGGCUCGAGCGGCGAGGAACCGGCAUCGCCACGCCAUCGAGCAGGCGUCGCGUCGAUGGCGUGGAGGACGACGCGACGAUUCGGCACGAACGCGCCGUCAAAUUUUGA